AUGGAGGUUUGGGAAAGUGUGUAUUAUCGUACAAAUAAACGUGCAUUACAAAUUUAUGGCCAAUGGCCUUUUUAUUCAAAAUUUCGUACUCGAUGUCAUCGAAUAAUUAUUUACACAAUUUUAUUAAGUAUAUUAACACCAAAGAUGAUUAAAUUCAUAGAAUCAUUUGGUGAUAUUGAUGAAACGAUUGAAUGUUUACCAAUGAUUGCAACUCAUUUUGUAUCACAAACAAAAUUUGUAGCAUGGACAUUUACAUCAAGCGAAAUGAAAAAAUUAAUAAUCAUGAUGGAAAAACAAUGGAAGGAAAUAACGUCAAUUGAAGAUCGUAAAUUACUUGAUUAUUAUGCAAAACGUGGACAAGUUACAACAAGAUUAUAUGCCAUUGCGCUAUUUGGUGUGAUGGGUGUGUACUUAGCAACAGCUGGACUUCCAAAAUUAUUAGAUAAAAUAAAUCCAUUGAAUGAAACAAGACCAAAAAUAUAUUUAUACAAAACUGAGUAUUUUGUUGAUCAAGAUGAUUAUUAUAAAGAAAUAUUAAUACAUGCAUAUUUGACAGUGCCAUUAUCUGUUGGUGUCAUUAUUUAUUUUGACAAUAUGCUUGCGUGUUAUAUCAGUUUUGCAAAUGGAAUGUUUGCAAUAGUCAGAUUUAUUGAAUUGGCUGAAUCAUCAACGACACUUGCAUUAUUAUUUGUUGCUGGAUUAAAUACAGUUGUGAUAACAGUCACAGGGAUAGUUUCAGUUAUGAAAAUUGAUAAACCGAGUGAAGCAUCACGAUACAUGGCGUUCACAUUGGGUGGAAUUUUUCAUUUAUAUUAUAUCAGUUUUUUGGGUAAUCAACUUAUUCAAGGAAGUGCAUCUGUACACAGAGCCUGUUAUGAUAAUGAGUGGUAUACUUUACCAAUAAAUUAUCAAAAAUUAUUAAUUCCAAUAAUGAUGAGAAGUAAAAAACCGUGUCAGGCAUAUCCUAUGGUUGGAAUAACACUUGUAUUUAUGACAUCACCUGCAAUACCAUUGGUGUGUGAUAUAAUAGCACCAUUAAAUGAAUCACGACCUCGUGUAUUUCUUUAUGAAACUGAAUAUUUUGUUGAUCAAGAUGAAUAUUAUUUUCAUAUAUUAAUUCAUGAAUACAUGACAGUUCCAUUGUCAAUUGCUUUGACUGUUUAUUACAAUACUGUUCUUGGUUCAUGGAUUUAUCAUGCUACUGGAAUGUUGGCAAUUGUAUCAUAUCAGUUGGAAAAUAUGCAUGUUUUAUCUGAAGGUGAUAAAGCAUUUAAAGAACAUGAAAAAAAUCAAAACAUUUACGAACGUUUAACGUAUUGUAUAAAACUUCAUAGCAGUACUAUUGAGUAUUUAUUAUAA